AGGUUGCGCGCAGUGGGCGCCAUGCCGGGCUACUUUGACAACGCCCUUCCAACCGAGCAAUCACUGGAUCUCGGCUUCUCAGUUGUCUCGCAGAAGGUUGAUUUGACCGUCAAUUUCGCGAGGCAGUCCAUCUCUGGUUCUACCGAAAUCACAAUCCAACCCGAAAUCAAGGAUCUUAAGACUAUCCGCUUGAACUGUCGCCAGGCUCGUAUUCUAAGCGCCAACGUCGAGGGCUCGAAAGCAGAAGUUGCCUACUCCGACCCAUACCGGAAGAUCAAGCUUCCAGGGAGAACAACAGCCAACCAGCAUGAAUACCUCCGUAGCAAGAUCGAGGGCGCUAUCAAGCAAUCGCCAGACCCUGAAUUGGCCCUGGAAAUCCCUUUGCGCGUCAAAAUCAAGGAGCUGAACACUGAUGCUUCUUCGGCUCUGGUCAGGGAUAGCCUCAGAAGACAAGAGAGCGAUUAUCCCGCUCAAGCCGAGACUCCAACCACAUCACAUGCCCAAGAACCAUUGCUCAGAUAUGCUCCCUUGAGAGUCACGAUAGAAUUUGAGGUCACAAGUUUCCGGGAUGGUCUCCACUUCGUUGGUUUCUCGGAUCAAGACUCACGAUAUCCACAUCUUUACACCAGGAACACAUUGGGACCGGGUGCUAUCUGCUCUGUGUUUCCGUGCGUUGAUGAUGCGACGACUCGGUGCAUGUGGGAGAUCUCAAUACGAUGCCACAAAACUCUGGGCGAUGCGUUCAAGAAAACGCCACAAAGGACUUCUGCUGAGGGGGAUGUGGAGAUGACUGGGACCGACCAGAAAGACAAGAAGCCGCGGGAUGAGUACCUGAUUAACCUCAGCGAGGAAGAAAAAUCCUUGGACUUGAGCAUCGUGUGCUCAGGUGAAAUGACAGACGAUGAUCCUACUUGGCGAACCGUCUCUUUUGCCUGCUUUGCUCCGGUUACUGCUCGUCAUAUCGGCUUUGCCAUCGGUCCCUUUGAGCACGUUGACCUUACUGAUUUUAGAGAAGUUGAUGAGGACGACAAGCUUGGCCAAAAUGCUAUCAAAGUAGACGGCUUCUGCUUACCAGGCAGGGCAGAAGAGCUACGGAACACUUGCAUGCCAAUGGCCAAGGCGAUCGACUAUUUUACCGUUGUCUACGGCUCCUUUCCAUUCUCCAGCUACAAGCUCAUCUUCGUUGAUGACUUGUUACAAGAUGUGACGCACACGGCUUCCUUGUCGAUCUGCAGCACAAGACUAUUGUUCCCUGAGGACAUUAUCGAACCUCUGGAUGCAAACACUCGCAUACUCGUAAAUGCUCUUGCGAGCCAAUGGGUCGGCGUGAAUGUCAUUCCUAAAGAAGCUCGAGACAUGUGGGCCAUCACUGGUAUCUCUGGGUUUAUGCGAGACACGUUCAUGAGGAAGCUUGCUGGCAAUAACGAGUACCGCUAUCAGCANAAGCUUGCCUCGGAACAAGUGUUCGAGCAAGACGUUGAGCGAUACAGUAUCCAUCAACUUGGCGCUCAGCUCGACAUUGAUCCUUCAGAGUACGAUUUCAUGGCUCUUAAAUCUGCGGUCGUCCUGUUCAUCCUAGAUCGCCGACUCACCAAAGCGAGUGGAUCGUCGGGUGUUGGGCGAAUCAUCACCAGGCUGUUGCUCAAUGCAAAAACCGGCGACCUACAGAACGGAGAGCUUUCCACUGAUUGGUUCCAUCGUCUUUGUGAGAAGCUCGGUCAUACCAAACUCGACGCAUUCUUCAAACAGUGGGUAUAUGGCGCUGGUUGUCCGCUCUUCAAGGUGAACCAGCGUUUCAACAAGAAGAAACUGGUCGUGGAGAUGAACAUUUACCAAACGCAGCGCGAGCGUAAGAUCAAGCCUGAUCUUCAGCCUUCGAAUUUCAUGAGAGAAGCGAAAGAGCAAGUCUCGGAAGUCUGGGCUCCAGAAGUUUCAGANCCCUUUACCGGGCCUAUGACUAUUCGUAUCCACGAAGCUGAUGGUACACCAUAUGAGCACAUUGUGGAGAUCAAGGAUACGCACACCAAGAUCGAGAUUCCUUACAACACCAAGUACAAGCGUUUAAAAAGAUCGAAGCGUGCGAAGGAGCGAGCCAUGGCUGCCAAUGGCAUCGAUCUUGGUGGAGAAGCCGAGAACGACGUGCUGCUUUAUUGUCUUGGUGAUGUUCUUCAAUCAGAAGAUGAAGUCAAAGAUUGGCGUCUGGUUGACUGGGGCAAAGAAGAGNNGGAAGAUCGAAUGGGCCAAGAAAGUUACGAGUGGAUCCGUAUGGACGCCGACUUCGAGUGGAUCGGUAAGAUUGACCUGAUCAUGCCCAUCUACAUGUACGUCAGUCAGCUGCAACAAGACAGAGACGUCGUCGCACAAUACGAGCACGUCCUGAAACAGAACGCACAUCCUUUGAUGUCUACCAUUCUCGUCAGAACAUUAAUGGAUCGUCGAUACUUCCACGGUAUCCGUACGCUAGCGGCCGAAGGUCUCACCAAGUGUGCUACGCCAAGCUUAAACUGGGUAGGCCAGUACCAUCUGGAGAAAGCUUUCCAGGAGUUCUUCUGCUUCGCUGAUUCAACCAUGCCUCGAGCCAACGAUUUCUCGGACCGCAUGAGCUAUCUGCUCCAGAAAGCGAUUCCAGUUGCGUUGUCUCAUAUCAAAGAUGAACGUGGCAAGGUGCCAAUGAGUGUGAGGAGGUUCUUCGUUGACAAGCUCAAGUUCAACGAUAACUCCAACAAUGAGACAAACAGNUUCUCUGAUUGCUACUACGUAUCCACGCUUAUGCGAUGUCUCGCAGAGUCCUUGAUAGCCUCUGCAGCACCACAGCAGACCUUUGCCAUCAAUCCCGAUGACGAGGAUGACUUGAUGCAAGAAAACAUCGAAGAUGAGAAGUUUCAGAAGGAAGCCAUCAACGAACUCGAACGCUAUCGCCGCAUUGAUGAGUGGAUUUCCUCUUAUCGAAACAUUUAUUCUGUCACAGCUCUUGAAUGCAUGCAAAAGCUGCUCGAACAUGGUGUGGUGAAAAACAAGAAAGUCGAAAUUCUGCAGUACACACAAUCAGGCAAUGCCGACGAGGUCCGCCUAGCAGCAUGGGAUUCUCUUGUACAACUCAAACUUGCAAGGCGGCCCCAGAUCCUCAAAUAUCUGCUGCACUCGUUGUGCGACGAUUCCUCACCCUACUUCAGAGACCAGUUACUACGAGUAUUAGGUCGCGCUUUGGGAUCGAUUGCUUUAAAGAUACAAGAAGCCGAAAAACCGGCUCCUAAGCCUAUCGAAACUGGGGGUCUUGUUCUCGAACAGGAAGAACCCUUGGCUGUCCAGCCAGUGCCACAAGACAUCGCUGGGAAGAGUCCACCGGAACUUGCUUUGAUUGCACUCAAGGCCGCUCUCAUAGACGACGAGGUGUUCAAAGCAGCGCUGUGGCAUGUUAUACAAUCGCCAACGCUAGCCAUACCUGAAGUGGUCUCGCUCCUGGAUAUUGCAGCCUUGAUUUAUGACGCAUCGAAUGGUCUCAUUGUACGUCUUCGCUUGCCUCGCUUCUACACCGCCAGGCACCUUGGCAAAGGUAAAGUGCAGUUCAAGGAGAAGGAAAGAUACCGCACGGCGCCGACUACAGGUCUUGGUCUCGACGAAUUUGAGUUGGUGCAGCAACAUAAUCUCAAGUACAACGGGCCACUCUCUAAGGCUGCCAAGGACCACAUCAAGACGCAAAAACAGGAGAAACAAAGAUUGGAAAGCGAACUGGCUGCAGCACAGGAGGCGCUCCAGAGAAAGCUUACCGCGCAGCAUCAGGCUCAACCUCCUCCAGUCCCAAAGCCUGUACAUGUGCCUACGACGGCCAUGUCUCCUCCACCAGUGCCUGUAUCCACACCGGGUGGCUCUAUGAAAAUCACCCUCAAGCGUAAGCAGAGCUCAACGGCGGAGCCACGCGCGAGUAGUCCUAAGCGCCCUUAUCUUGUUCAGCCUGCAACGAACGGUACAGCUGCAACGCCAAAGGUGGAAAAGAGCCCGAGUCUCAAUCUGGGAAAGAUACACGCGCAAACGCCAUCGCGUACGGUAUCUGGCGCAUCUGCCCCUGGAUCCGCUGCACCGUCACGAAAACCGACGGCAAGCGACAGGCCAAGCAAGUCUAAGGUUGUUCGCUUGAGAAUCACAAAGCAGAAACGCCUGCAAAGGAUUCUUUCACAAGCACCUCAACCAGGCUACAGACCCCAAAAACAGAAACCUGCUAUCCCUGCCAAGAUCAACACUUCUACAUCAGCUCGGCCCAGCCCUGCACCAUCAGCUGCCGGUGGUUCGCAAGCUCGCGGCAGCAAUGGCGACUUCUUCGCAAGCCCUGAGGUCACCUCUGCACUCACAACGGGCGCAAGCGUUGGCGCAUUCAGGAGCUGGAAUGGCAUAAGCGCGAUCAAACAGGAGACAGAUUCGGCACCAAUGAGCGCCAUCAGCCCCAUGACCACAAACCAUCCAGGAACCAGCAACGGCACCGCCACUGCGACUGGUACAAUGAGCCCACGUCCCUCUGAAGGUGGCGAGGAGAAGAAGCCAAAGUUCAAACUCAAGUUUGGCAAAAGCCGACUGCCUAGGUGGACAAUUGAUAGUUCUUCCUUCUCCCAUUUAUUCUUUAUAUCUUUUUCCCCCUUCUUGUCUCUUUUCCUUGUUCUGUUUCUUUUUCUGCUAUGGGGGUUGUGCUUGAUGCGAGAGCUUUGA